CUCACGCGAUGCCUACAGUCGUCGAACCACAACCGCACCUUGUCGGCGUGAACGCAGACAGCGUGGCGACCUCGGCAGCCGACCUGCUCAAAAGCGUCUCAUACUCUGACUUUUCCCACAAUGACGUCCUGCGCACCUCUUUCGAGUCCCCGGGCACGAGCCCAGGCAUCGUCCCGCAAGAGAACGGUUUCUCGAACACGAUCAUCCGCGCCUUUCAGCAAGACCUACACCUGACCCUGCGGCCGGACGACGUGUGGCUUGCCGUCCUCGUGCAACUUAGCUUCUUCGUCAACGGCAAAGGGCGCGCCGAGGAGCUCCGCGAUAGGUUUGUGGAGCACCAAGGCCGCAAGCAUAUCGUGGUGGACGCCCGACCCGCAGGCUUAGCCACGGUCGACAUCGGCGUCGUCGUGGACCAGCUGGUCCAGCUCGUCAAGGGCAGCCUCCGAGAUCCCGAGAUCGCGACGAGCCUGCUUCUCGAAUUCAGCACGACGACGGAGGACGACCGGGCCACCGCCGCCAUCGCCUUUUUGGGAACCAUGCAGAACUAUUUCAGCUUUGAGUUCCAAGUCGGCUGCGGCUUCCCCUCAGUCACGCUGCUGGGCGUCCGGGAGGAUUGGGUCAAGAUGCUGGACGGUCUGGGGUUCUUGUCGUCACUCAGUGAUGAGACCGUCGAAUGGGCCGCCUGCUUGUCCAAGGUGCUCGAGUACAUGGUGGCCAGCUUCGACCGGCCGCACGACCAAGACGUGAAGGACUUUUGGAUGCGCGCUGUCCACGAGUCCGGGAGGAACGGCUCCGGGGAGGUGGUCACGUUGUCCGGGUGGCUGACUGCCUUCUCGUGGUGGGAUCCUUGCGGUGACCGCCAGAGGAUUUUCAGCAACAAAAGCAUGUGGGAGCGGCAGCUGACGUUGGAUGGAGUCGAGUUCCCCGUCAUCAGUGCUGACCAUAUUCCGGCGUCCAUGACGAGAUGCCCGGUCGUGGUGUUUGACGACACCAGAGGGCCGGAGGAAGGCGGCGGGAAGAUCAACGCCGAGUUUUUGGCUGGAAUACCGGGUUUCCAAGUCCAAGAUGCCUCUGCGACGGCGGUGCGACCCAUCUCGGGUUGGUGGUUGUUGGCGCGCCGUUGCGAAGUCCCUGGUCAACAAAUCACUCAAACAUAGCGGCAUAGGGGCCAGAUGAGAAAAUCCACCAAGGCACAAUAUAUUCGUAUCUUUGCCUCUUUUCACUGGCCGAAAGGAUCUUUCUAUACUCUGUUACGUCGAAGUUUCCAAGUCUGGACUUCACUCGAAACCCCAACUAUGGCAGGCUGCAGCAGUGAAGCUAUUUCACCCCCAGUCCCGGCCUUUCAUAUUCGUGUCGUAGUUUGUUGACUCCUUUGCCUAUCGUAAAUCUUACUGUAUUUCAAUCAAAACAAGCUUAUACCAACCAUAGUUUAAAUUUCUUU